AGGGGAGAUUAAGAAGACGUGUCGCAAAUUAGUCCGACUGUGCUGCUACUUUUGAAUGGAAAUGAUUUUCCUUUCCAAAAUUCUUGCAACAAAAUCACCAAAAUGAAAUCCUGGCUCUCUCUCAAGAACAUUCACCCUUCGCCGCCAAAUUUUUCCACCUCCACCGCUAAUUCCGUAACGCCACCGCGCCGGUGUUCUCCCUCCACCUCCUCUAACCUUCGAUUUACUUCUUUUAUGCAAAAUCUACAAAGCUCAAUAACCCACUCGUAUUCUUAUCCUAAUACGUCUUCCGGUCGCUGCCGGGCUACCAGUGCUGGCCCACCGUCGCCUCCACAGACCGAACCACCCAAUAACGAAGAAGACUCGUCAUCGUCUCCAGGUAUCAUGUCAUCUUUCUCCAAAGCACAAGACACCUUGCGGAUAUUUUUUGCUGUGUUAUUCUGGAUGUCACUUCUCUUCUGGUAUUCUGUGUGGGAUGGGAAGAAUGAUGGCAGACCGAACAAGGGUUCUCGAUUUAGAAGAUGAAAUUGUAAGAAGUUUCUCUAUGUUAUCAUGUACAAUAACUCCUGAUGUUGUCUUACGCAAUAGUGUAAAGCAUGGGGAGCACCGGGGAAACAAGGAAAAGAGGAGAAAUUUAGUGUCUAUUGUUGUUUGGAGUUACUGAAAGAAUGGAGAUUCUUUUGUCUACUUCAUUAAAAGGUAGUUUAGAGCUCCUUGUGAGCCCAGCUAGCAUUAAUUCAUUCAUGCUGUGAUUUUACUCCUUUAAAACCUUAAGAGUUAAAUCUUCUGUACAAUUAUACAGGA